CACAAGAUAUGGUCCUUGCUGGAUUGGUCCACAUUCGUAGGCAGGCAGCUGGGCUGGCAGCUCCUCCAGCUCCCAAAGGUCAAGGAGAAAGGUAAGAUUGCCUGGGUGAUGGGGAGGCCCGCUGCUCUCCUGGCUGGGUGGCCAGGCCUGAGCGGAGAUUACAUUUGGAGCAAUUGAGGAUGUGAGCGAUUGAGGAUGUGUUGGGCUGGUUUUCCUCAGCAAUUGUUUUGUUUUAUUCCUUGUAUCCUCGAACGGGAAAGCACUGUGCCCAUCCUGAAGAUCAGGUGUGCCCCAGGGGACUUAAAUUUUGGAAGGAAUUAUAAGAAAGCCGUCCUUGCCUUGAAUUGAUUCCACCUCCUGAAACCAACAGAAAGCAAAGAUGUGGGAGGAGACAAGCCCAAGAAAACGCAGGGAGGAUGAGCACUCCAUCCAGAGCAAGGAACCGACAGCCACAAAUCUCCAGAAAGAGGUGGGGCUGCUCAGUGGCAUCUGCAUCAUCGUGGGCAGCAUCAUCGGCUCCGGGAUCUUCAUUUCCCCCAAGUCUGUGCUCAGCAACACAGGAACCGUGGGGCCCUGUCUCAUCAUAUGGGCGGCCUGCGGGAUCCUCGCCACACUGGGAGCUCUGUGCUUUGCAGAGCUUGGCACGAUGAUCACCAAGUCGGGCGGCGAGUACCCGUACCUGAUGGAAGCCUUCGGCCCCAUCCCUGCCUACCUCUUCUCCUGGGUCAGCAUGAUGGUGACGAAGCCCUCCUCCUUUGCCAUCAUCUGCCUCAGCUUUUCGGAGUACGUGUGUGCAGCCUUCUACUCGGGCUGCGAGCCUCCCGAAGUGGUCAUUAAAUGCCUCGCUGCUGCUGCCAUCUUGCUUAUCAUCACAGUGAAUGCGCUGAGCGUGCGGCUGGGGCGCUACGUCCAGAACUUCUUCACUGCAGCCAAGAUGGUGAUCGUGGCCAUCAUCAUCAUCAGCGGUGUUGUCCUCCUGGCCCAAGGAAAUACAAGAAAUUUUGAAAAUUCCUUCGCGGCUACACCAGCAUCUGUGGGCGGCAUCAGCCUGGCAUUUUACAACGGACUCUGGGCAUAUGAUGGGUGGAAUCAACUCAAUUAUAUCACUGAAGAACUAAGAAACCCUUACAGAAACCUGCCCCUGGCCAUCAUCAUCGGGAUCCCUCUGGUGACAGUGUGCUACAUCCUCAUGAAUGUCUCCUACUUCGCUGUGAUGACCCCGACAGAACUCCUGCAGUCCCAGGCAGUGGCCGUGACCUUUGGUGACCGUGUUCUCUAUCCAGCCUCUUGGAUUGUCCCACUUUUUGUGGCCUUUUCCACCAUUGGAGCUGCUAAUGGGAACUGUUUUACUGUGGGCAGGCUCAUUUACGUCGCAGGCCGGGAAGGGCACAUGCUUAAAGUGCUCUCUUACGUCAGCGUCAGGCGGCUCACGCCCGCCCCUGCCAUCAUCUUCUAUGGUAUAAUAACAACGAUUUAUAUCAUCCCUGGUGACAUAAACAGUUUGGUGAAUUAUUUCAGUUUUGCUUCAUGGUUAUUUUAUGGGAUGACCAUUGUAGGACUUGUUGUGAUGAGGUUUACGAAGAAAAACCGGGAAAGGCCUAUCAAGGUGCCCAUUUUCAUCCCCAUCUUGGUGACUCUCAUAUCCGUGUUUUUGGUUCUGGCCCCGAUCAUCAGUAAUCCCGCCUGGGAGUACCUCUACUGUGUGCUGUUCAUCCUGAGCGGCCUUAUAUUCUACUUCCUUUUCGUCUACUGCAAGUUUGGAUGGGCUCAGAAAAUCUCCAAGCCAGUUACCAUGUACCUACAGAUGCUGAUGGAAGUUGUCCCACCAGAGAAGGUCCCAGAGUAACAAGCACCUCUCUUUAGCUCAUUCAAAGCUGUGAUGAAUUUGUUUUUAUAAGCACUAUUUGUGAUUAUUUCUUCCUCUUUUUUGUGAAAAACUUUUCAGAUGUUUAUGGAAAUUGUUUUUCUUCGAUGGCUAUAAAUUUAUGCAUGGGGCUUUAGAUAUGAAAAGUGAUAUGUGUUUGCUAAAGUCAUCAAUAGAAAAGUCACUUAACAGCAAGUCGGUGGCAGUGUUGCACAAAACCCACUGGCAUUUUGAUGGCCACUGUCUAAUAAUGAGGUAUAACAUUUAUUUAAAAACAGGACAUAAAUGGGGUAUGACUGAUGGGUGCAGGGCUUAUUGAAUUGUGCAGAAUUAAAUCCCAAGCAGUGAAAAUUAGUCAGUUUCUUAAGUUUAAAAAAAGUAUUCCUUAAACUCAGUGAUCUGUAUGUCUAUUGUUUUACAUAAAGUAAGUGACAAUUUUUUCUUUGA